AUGUCGCAUAUGUCAAUUGCCAACUCACCAGCCUCCCAUGUUCCUGUCUUUGUUGGAACCAAACAACCUGCGACCACGACUCUGCUUCACAAUUCUAAAAUGGGUUGCUGUGUCAGUACCAACAGAUCUUAUUCUUCGCCCUCAAGCAAGCCUUGUGAGCCACCACCAAGAUCUACUGCGAAAGGUUCAGAAAACAGAGCACCGCCACCGGAGGAAGAGACGGUGAAGGAAGUGUUGUCUGAAACACCCAAAUGGAAGCCCAAAUUCGAAGCGGAGAAGCCCCCACAGACCGAAGUCGAGAACGAGAAGGAGAAGCUAUUCAUCAAGCCCGAAGAGAUCUCUGAGGUUUCUGAAGUUUGCAGUCUAAGCGAAAGCGUGUCCACACUCGCCGACGAAGAAGCGCGUCAAAGAGUCAACAGAUCUCCGGGGAAGGUGCGUAAAGCGCGAUCCUUUUCCGGCGAGCUCGGGGCCCGGAGGGAGAGAACGGCGGGGAAAUCCCCCGCGAGGAGGCCAGAGCAGUCGCCGGGGAGAAGAAAUGUUGGGUCGGUGAGAGUUGUUCAAAUGGGCAAUGGGGGAAGUGGAAACCAACCUCGCCGCCGAGACCCCGGCGAGAAUUCCGGUCGUCGAUCCAGGUCGCCGGCCACCCGCAACGACAGCGUGGCAUCUAGAUCCGUCGUGGGUCGGAGCCCGUCGGCGAGGAGAACAAAUCAAUCACCUGCUCGGGUCAGAUCCACGGCGGCGGAGAGCGGUUGCCGGAAAAUGGAAAAUUCGUAUGUGGAGGGUAAAUGGCCUUCUUCGGCUAACGAGUCCCUAGAAAACCCACUUGUGUCGUUGGAGUGCUUCAUAUUUCUCUAG